AUUUUACAUGGCGAGGGAGCCGUCUGGGAACGAAGCACGGGGAGUGUACUCCGCCUAUGAAACGGGUGGGGUUGCUCGUCGUCUUGCUUAGGGGUGUAAAUUUCGGAGGUUGGUCUCACUUGGGGUGUUCUGGGCAAAACGCCAUCAUAAUUAGCCGUGAAGGUCUUGUUUAGGGUUGCACGUGAAAAAAUAUAAAAAUAUAUAUAUUGUCUGUGUUUUAACAUGGUCUCUUUUAGGGGUCCAAAAAAGCUUGGGCCACGCCCAGAUCGGUCUCCUUUAGGGGUUUAAUUCAAAAUUUCCGACGAGCAUCCCCACCCCUUUCAUAUGCGGAGUCCCCCUUCCCGGGGAACGAAAUAGUGUAGGUACUGUUUUAUUUUCACAGCAACCUGCCAAAAGUGGGCGGGCUUGUUCAGGUCAAACUGAUUACUGUACCUGCGAUGACAUCAGAGGACUUAAUGGGAUCAAGGGGACUCGUGGAGGCAACGGGGGAAAUGCAGGAACCCCUGGUGAGAUUUAUCAUUAGUUUUCAGGGGGAACAAUUAACCAUCGUCAAUGGGGUGGUGCCGCUGAGCUCAUCAAAGGCUACCCCGUGAUGAAAGGCUGUGUACAUGGCUACGAUGACUGAGAAAUGCCCAAACCUUGAUUUGAUAAAAGUAGGGAGAUUUCUUUUGUCUCUUAAGCAUCUGUCAAACAGACAAUAACAAUGAAAUGCAGUUUCAGUUAUUGCGGGAGCAAAAUUAAUAAUAGUCACGAAUAAUUUUAUAUUUGCAAAGAUUGUGAAAGGUUUGAACCCAGGAGUCAUUUCAAAAGGAGGUUGAGUUUGAUCGUCCGGGUGAACGUAGUCCUGAAUAGGACUGUUGUUGUUGACAGUGAUUGACGUUUCGACAACCUGUGCGGUAGUCAUCUUCAGAGUCAAAGUGAGCUGUAUCACGUCAGUUGAUGGUAUUAUACUCUGGUUAUUGAUCUGAUUGGUCAAAUACGUCGCGAUGUUAUUGCUCGUCUGUCAGUUAAGCCGUGAUGUUAUCGGAUAUGAAGACUCUUAAUCAGUAUUAAAUAGACCUAUUCGGCUACCUCAAUGUUGUGCCCAAUUCAAAUCUCCCGGGGAUAAGAUUCUUUGUGUAUUGUAUUUGCAUUAUAAUGUGGCAUUCAAUUUAAAUGAUAUGGAAAUUCCUGAAACAAAACGUUUUACUCCCAAAGGGUUUGAAUUGGGUACAACAUUCAGUUAGCCGAAUAGGUCUAUUGGUGCGUUUCGAUGCGUCCAUUGUCACAGUUAAACAGUCGUCUAUUGUUGGUCAAAUUGUCAGUUCUAUGUGCAACAAUACUGUAUAAUCGAAACUGUAUGCAUAGAGCGGUUUUCACUUGACUGUCGAAAGUAAUUGAGGAAUUGGUUUGGUUUUGGUUUUACUACGCCCUUUGGUUGGCUAGUGUAUUUACUUUGGUUUUGGUUUUACGACAGUCAAGUGAACACCGCUCUAUCUAUUGAUAAGGUUUUUUAAGCUACUUAAACAGAAUACCUUGCACCAAUCAAUUUUCCGUAGGAAAUGGUGGAAAUGCAGGCAAUGUACACAUUCGCUACAGGCUUUUAAAUGGGCAAAUAAAGUUAAAAUCUUGCAGAGGAGGCGGAGCGCCUGCGGCUAAUAACGGAGUUGGUGGAAAGGGUAAGCACAGAGAAAAUUAUUUCAGUACACUGUAAGUAGUAAUGCGCCUUUAACACUAAAUUAUAGGUCUUAUUUCAAGCUUCGCCAUUUUAUUACUUUUAAUAAGCAUGGAGCGCAUUUCAUCUAUUAGGAUCGCAAGUAAAAGAAAAACAAAUAAAUAAACUAAUCAAUCAAUUAACAAAGUUGUAGUCUUGCCGCAUUCCAACGUUGAUACUAUAUCUGACUUGCAAAACACUUGAAUAUAUGGCAAAGAAAACGGAUCAGUCUGUUUCAGUUCGCCCCAUGUAAGACAGUCCCAAAAAGUCUUGGAUUCUGGAUUCCACACUGUCGAUUCCGGAUCACAGGCACUGGAUUCCACUUUUCUUGUGGAUGGAACGUGGAUUCCGGAUCCCUAGGAUCCCAAUCGUUAACAGGAUUCCGGAUUUAUUUAGCCAAAUUCCGGAUUCCAAUGGCUACGAUUCCGGAUUCCAUUAGAAAAUUUCCUGGAUUCUGGAUAACCUCACACUUGCGGGCGCGCGGUGACUUAGUCCAACUCAAACUUUCCUUAACUUGUAGGUGGUGCAGGAGGAAGAGGAGGAGCUGGAAGAAACUGUGAUCCAGACUAUAUAGACUGGAUUGACCGUGAUAAACCAUCAAAACUCCCAAGGGGACCGCCUGGCUAUAAGGGUAAAAGCAAACUCGUUCCCAGGGUUCUCUUCUACUCGUCCUCCGCAGCCGUCUGAGGGACAAUAGGGACCUUAAAAUCCGACGACGGCGACGGCAAAACAACAACUUUGCACGUGCAUCACGCUUUUUUGUACAUUUCUUUGCCGUCACUGCACGACUACGACGAGAAAAUGCCUAAUUUCACGUUUUAUGAAGGACGUAAACAAGCUACUAUGAAAUUUUCUUUGUCUUUCUGAACUCGGAUAUGGUUUUUCAGGCAUGCAACUCCAGGAGAGUUCGCCUACAUUUGACAAAGUAAGUGAGUUGGAACUGUCGCGAUGAAGAUUGGAUGAACGCGAAUUCACUUUUUAAGCGAUGUUUAUUUUCGCUGCCGUCGCCGUCCUCGGAUCUUAAGGUCCCUAAUAAGGAAAGAACCCUGGGUACAAAGUUUAGGUAAAAGUGGAUUUUCACUGUCGCGUAUAAUUUUCAAGUGCGUAAGAAUGUAAUCGUGAAUUGAUUGCCUUUCCUUGAAGGUACUGCAUUGCAUCCCAGGGAAAAAAGAAGGACCAAAAUAAGAAACUCUUACGGUGAAUGUCCUGGGCACAGGGACUCCACCUUCUUUUGCAAAGAUGAUGGAGUUGGUCCUAGUGGCAGUCGGGGUCCUUCCGGUGAUGAUGGAUCUCCAGGAUCAAGUAAGAAUUAUUUACAAGAAACGACAAGGCUAACAGACUGAUCUAUUAAAUCAAUCUAUUUUACGAGCCAUUUAAAGGCGAUCUUCAACGAUUUUGCUAAUUUUGCUAAGUGUCAUCAUCAGUGACAUUUUUAAGCGACGCACGCCAACCGAACAAAUUUGUUCAAAAUCACGGCUCAAGAGUGCCAAAAGUCCACUUUCGGUUGACGCCCGAGGCUCAAAAACGUCGCUGCUUAAGCUCUCUAUUAGCUGAGGGAAGAUGGGGUGGGGGUGGGGGAAAGGGUCCGCUCCUCCUGCUAGCAGAAAGCGAAUAAAAGACCGGCCUGAUAUUAUUAAAAUAUUUGACGAUGUCUGGUCUGUAAUGUGGUAGCGUUGUGACUGGGGGUAGUCUCCAACGUAAUCGUCUAUGCUUCGUGGCUCAGACGAGACAAAAACGGCUGCACGGGAGACUAGACCGAGGGGAGUUUGAAUAUUUAUAGAAUAAUGCAGAUAGUUAAUCAUUUACUUAUGGUUACCUACCCCUCCCCUAAGCUAACGUUUUACCCUAAGUGAGAAGUAAGAGUUUGAAUGUUGGCUUGGAGGAGGGAAGGUGGGCAGUUUUCUUAACUGAUCCUUUUUUCUCAGCUCCUCAAACCCGAGGGAGUGAUGGUUCUGUCAGUGGACCUGCUGUUAAAUCCGGGGCCUUGGAGGCAGAGGAUAAACAAAGCUAUCCUGUGGAUUUACUAGAAAUCAUGAGAAGACAAGCCGAAGAUUUGUUGCUUAGCAACAGUGGUGAUCAGAAAGGCCGGGAAGCAUUAGAGUUUAUAAAAAGAGUGACGGACGAAAUAACUACAGAUGAAAACGCGCAGCGGAUCAACAAAUGUAAGCCUUUGGGAACUUAGUUUUUCGGCAAAGAAUUUUUUAAAAAAUUGGUUAUAUAAAGCGAGAGACUAAAUUCUCAGAAUUUCCAUCCGGGCUGGCACAAAAUGUUUACUUCCGUAAACUGUCGCCCCAUGUUUUAUGAAGGACGUGCUCGGUCAGAUUUGAGAUAUGUUGAAUUCGAAGGCUCAAGUAACUGUUUCUUUAAACCAUAUAUCACGCCCUAUGUAAGGGGAUCCAAACAGUCUUGGAUUCUGUAAUUCUGGAUCCCAGGUCACUAUGUCAGUGGAAUUGGGACUCCGAUUUUCAACCGUUGUUGGGUUUCCCGAUUCCUUGAGCUUUAUUCCUGAUUUCAAGUCCCAGAAUUCCGGAUUACAGACAAAAAUUUCCCGUAUCUUUAUAGAUAUUUGAAGCCACUUAAAGUGUUAUUUAUACAAUUAGAGAAAGGGAGAGGAAGAAAGGGAGGGGAGAGUGAGGGUCCGGAUCUCUUUGUAUGUCCCUGAAUGAUGGAACUUUCGAAUGUUGCCGUUGUUAAUUAACAUUAAGAUCUUGACAUCAAAGCACGUUUUAACUUGCAUCGUCUUUCCUGUAGACGCAACACGGAAACUUGCUUUCUUGGGUAAAGAUGGCUUUGAUAUAUUUGGAAACAACAAGCUAUUUGCCCCACGCAUCAAAUGGGAGGCCCUUGAAGGAACUGUGGAAGUCAUUAAAGAUGCAGCUGAAAAAUAUGAAAAUGCUUUCAACGAUAUCAUCUCCACAGUGAAGGACACCGAAAACUUUAAAGCGGUUAGUUAUCGUCAAAACCAUGAUGUUACAGACUAGGAUCUUUUGUCGGCCAAACAGUUAAACCAUAGUUAUAAGUAGGAGCCGGAUCCUGUUAUAAGUGAUUUAUAUUUCCUUCUUUGUCUCGCUGUAGUAACAUGACAAUUAUCAUAACUUUUUCUCAUUCUCAUUAACAUUCUCAUGUUGUGUUGCGGAUUGGUUAACAUCUCGAACAUCGGAUCUUUCGGGUUCCUAGGUUAAUCUGCAGAUGUAGGCGGAGGGGGACGUGUGGGUCCGUGCUUGCCUCCACUUUUGCCAGCUUAUUCUCAUUCUUAAUCAUAUUAUUGUUAUUGAUUACAAAUCAUCAUCACCAUCACCAUCAUGCUAUCAUCAUCAUCAUCAUCAUCACUAUCAUUACCAUCACCAUCAUCAUCAUCAUCACCAUUUUCAUCAUCAUCAUCAUCAUCAUCAUCACCAUCAUCAUCAUCAUCAUCAUCAUCAUCAUCAUCACCAUCAUCAUCAUCAUCACCAUUAUCAUCAUCAUCAUCAUCAUCAUCAUCAUCAUCAAUAUCAUUACCAUCACCAUCAUCAUCAUCAUCAUCAUCAUCAUCAUCAUCAUCAAUAUCAUUACCAUCACCAUCAUCAUCAUCAUCAUCACCACCAUCAUCAUCAUCACCACCAUCAUCAUCGCCAUCAUCAUCUUCAUCACCAUUAUCAUCAUCAUCAUCAUCAUCAUCGUUAUUUAUUUAUUCAAUUAUUUAUUUACACAGUUGUUCCCAACAUUAAUUCUAAAAGUACCAUUGUCUUUCUGUUUGAUUGUUUGUUUUGUUUUUUCUUCAAAGAUGGGUUCUAAAAUAUCUGAAGUAGCUUCACUACAAGUAAAUGCAGAAAGAAGACGUCUGGAGCAGAAUCAAUAUAUAGCUGAGAGUGAAAAAAGAUUGUAUGUCAAGGUAUUCGACCUUUCACAUAAGAUAAUUUUGAGUGGCAUUUGAAUUAUAUAUAUAAAAAUCAGCGGCGUUUCCAAUCGGCUAAACAAAAAUGACUAGCUUCUUUUCAAUUUGCUCAGAAAUCGCAAAUUGAAAUCUCUGUUUCACGAUCACGCCCAUUGACUGGUGGAAAAUAUGUAUAUUUGUUUUCGUAUUAAUGUGUUGGGGGGAAUUACAAAAGUAGUCAAUGACUGGCCCCAAGGGAAACAGUCUGCAUAGCUCUUUCCUAUGCACGUGAUCAGAGAGGGGGAGUGGUUUUUACCCGAAUGGUGGAGAGGCCAGCGCUAAGCAGAAAACUUUGAUAGUGAGUCCCGGGAAAUAAAACGCAAUAUUCCCUCUUUAGACUGUAUGGCCUUGGGGAUACCGGAAUUAGUAAAUUAGGCUUUAUCUACUUCUUGAGUCCUUUUCCUGAUUUCGUUACUGAAGGGAAUUAAAUUUGAAGAGCAAAGGAUGACCAGUAUACUUGAAAGUAUUGGCGUAACGCUUGGCGAUGCAUACGUAAAAGGCCACUUUAAUGGAGCUGACCUAAUAGCUAUGCUUCAGGGAGUUGUAGGCUUUUACAAGGCAAUUCGUGACAAAAGCCCGUCGGACUUUAUUGAUAACGCCCUUAGCGUAGCGGAUUCAUUUCGUGGGAAACAAUGCCUGAAAAAGCUCAGUGACUACCGUGACAGUAUCACGAAAUGGCUGACGUUUGGAGAGAACUACCAACCAUACGAAGAUCCAAGCCAACUGGAUUUUGAUCAACUUGAUGUUACUGCGAUCCCGGAAAUAAUGCAGGUAGCUACUAAAUACGUGUUUAGGGGCAAGUGGUAGGUGUGGGGAAUUUCACUUCCAAUUAGAAGACGGCUAAAGGAAUAAAAAUAUCCUCAAGGUGGCUAUUAUAAAAUUGAAAUACGGUUGCCAGGCUCUUGUAAGGUCUGGAACUAAUAAUUUUUUUUUCUGGGGUCGUUAAAACGACCGCCUCAAAUCUCAGUAGUGCAGAUAAGUAUAAGUUUAUCUUUUUUCCUUGUGGAGGAAGCCGAUAAAAUUACUAAUCGUAUUGGAGAGAACUAGCUAGGUACGAUUCUCUGUUGAGCAUCAUGUGUGGUAUACCAAGGAGAGGAUACUUGAAGCAGCCACGCCUGGCCUGGGUAAAAGGGAGUAGUCCCUACGAGUGAUCAGCAUCAAAUUUCUCCUUGUAAUAUGGAUGCUUUGUAAACGGAGUGGUCAUGAGAAUUUGCUUGAUAUUUUAUCAUUUUCUCCCCACUACUUCUGUAGGAAAUGUAGGGGAGCAACAAAUAAGAAUUCAACUUUUGAUCUUACAACAACAAUACCUUUAUUCGCCUUGUACUUAAUUAAUUACAUACACACAUGAAAGAGAAAAAUAUAUAUAUAUAUUUAUUUGUACUUAAUAAGGCCUGGAGCUGAAAUAAUCCUAAGAUUUUCUAGCCAGUUCUCCAGAAUUUAAAGUUUUAGAGAAUUGAGAUAGAAUUUAUUUCCAAAGAAGCAGUUUUAAAAUAUAAUGUAUUAAGAAAGUAAGAGUGUAUGCUUAAGUUAUGUUAACUAUGUUGUUCUGACAGCAAAUACGGUUUCAAUAGUUUUUGGAAUUGGUAUGUGUUUAGUUCUUUAAGAGUUAUGUAAUUUUGUCCCAGAUGGUACAUGCAGCAUAUCCGAUUGUUUGUUUCCCCGUAUUAGUUCGCACUUUUUUUACGUAAAGAUUCUGUUUAGGGUUAAAGCGUUAAGGGAAAAGCCCUUGGGAGGCUAUCUGGGAUUUGCUUAGUUCACACACCUUCUAACUUGUCUUGCUUACAAUUCCCUAUUUCUGUUUUUGUUUCCUAUUAAAAAGGCAAAUCUUGAGAUGAACAAAGUUGAGCUUAGGAAGGAACUUCUGUGUCUAAUGGAGGUGGCUUCACUACCCACCGAUUCGGCCGCUCUUGAUGCGGAAAUAGAGUCAUUCUUUGUCUCGGGAGCGGCUCGUAUUGACCUGAUAGGAAAAUGCAUGGAUCUCGAUAACGAAAUGGGGGGAUAUUUGUUUGAUGUUCCUCUUCUAAGUGAUACAGAAAAUGCAAUCAAAGAAGUUGGAAAAUCAGACGGUGAGAAAAGACGUACAGUCAACUCUCUCCAAGACGGACACCUUUGGGACCGGCACUAAGUGUCCAUCUUAGAGAGAUGUCCGUGUUAUUAAAGAGUCAAAUAAAGGGAAUAAGCAAAGGCAGGGACCUAGUCUAGGUGUCCGUCUUAUAGAGGUGUCCGUUAAGAGAGAGUCGACUGUAUAAAACGUAACUUAGCAAAAAAAGGAACAAGUUAAGGUGGGGGUAGGGCUGAUGGAUGCUAUCCCCCUCCCCGAAGUUUUCUUUCAGUUCUUUCUUCCAACGAAGAAGUGCCUGAACUUUGCAAAUCAUCAAAAGUUCGAUCCAGGCACACAAAAGUAAUAGUUUGUCGGACAUUAGGUAUCUUAGUACUGUACGUUUUCCACUGGUGUGCGAUCUAAUCAGGCAUGCGUCCUAUCUGAUGGUAUUUUGUAUUCUUCAUUUAAGAAACUCCUUUAACCACGAAACUUCAGCAGAACUUCCUGGAUUAUUUACUCAGCACAUACAGAGCACUGGAGCGGUCGUUCAUGAGAAACCUGUAUGAACUUCACAAAGCUUUUGUAUUCCGCACACUUUGGGAAGGAAACAGCCCGCUGACGUCAUUUCAACGGCUGGCCAGUGAAAGUGCGUUGGGGACUGGGAGACUUAACGGAGCUGUUGAACUAACAAAUGUAUUACAGAAUAUGAAACAACUUCAAGAUAAAGCUGUAAAAUGCUUCACGAAUAACAUUUUUGCUACGGGCAUCAAGAGAUGGAGCUGGAGCAAAAGGCGAAAUCCUGCAGUAAGUCAGAGAAUCACAGGCCAUUGCGUCCUUUAAGCGAUCUCUUAAAGCUUACACGGCUAAAAGUGUAGGGCUUGUAAAUUCUGUAAAUAGCUUUAGUUUUAGAUUCUGCUUUUAGCCAUUUUGUAGACCUAUUUAUAGUUAGUAUUUUAAUAGUAGUAAUGUUUAGAUUACUAGUAUACUUUUAUUUUUUUUUGUUUGUACACUUGUACACGUUUUAACGAGAACUUUACUGCUCCUGGGUGUUACGUGUCUAAAUGAAGGAUUUGAUUUGAUUUGAUUUGACUACUAGGGUUGACGGUCGCUGUGUGGAAUCCAAUAGCAUGGUAAAGUUCUUUGGGACAAAAACAUUGCAAUAUGAAUUAACUGCGCAGUAAAAAAAGAUUCGGAUGAUCGACUUACAAUUAAGUAAAAUGUUAUCGCUAAACUGCCUUCCCAAAAAAGACAUUAUUCACUCGAAGGGAUAUAUUCACAAAAUUUGUAAUAUACCUGGUCAUUGUCACCCUCUAUAAAUUAACUAAUUUUCUGUUUUUAUUUAAUAUUAUGUUUUCAGCUUUUCGAAGACCUUACGAAUGGCUAUGCGAAAUUCACCCUCAGGAUUGAUAAAAGCUGUAAAAAGUGUUACAAUCUACGGCUACUUAAGGUAUUCACCAGCUUUAUUUACUGGCAGCAGCCCUUUCUGCUUGGUUAUAUUUUAAAGAAUCCCUGAUUGUUCGGUCUCCCCGGGAAUAGAACAAUACCCUACGAUGUUAUAUUACUUCACUUUCUUACACAGAAAAAUUCACUGAUCAUGUUGCUUUGAAUUCACAGGUGUAUGUGGAACUUACUAGCGAUGAAGACCAGCCCUCUUCUGUUCCUGAUAAAGUUCAUCUUCAAGUACGUCAUCUUAGUGCGUCUUAUUUUCGAGCUGGGGACGGCACCACCAAGAAAUACUAUCAAUCUAUCGGCUCGUACAGGAACGUUGAAUUUGACCGGUUUAGUGUCACAAACAAACGGAAGUGCCAGGAAGCAAAGGCUCAAGGAAGUAAGUAGGUUGCUCAGGGAGGUACUCAAUUUGAUGGCCAACACGAGAGGGCGCCGCCAGAAAGGGGUACCUUUCAGUGCCGGCUCCAGACCCUUAGAUAAGGGGGAGGCGGUCUCCAAAAAAAGUUUUUUCGGUCCUUCGGGCAGAAAAGAAUACUUGUAGAUUGACUUUUCAGACCAUGGGCCAGGAAGCAUUUGUAUCCAUAUCCCUACGUAGAACGAAUGCCAUUUAUCAGAUCCUCUCCCAUCGAGUUAAGUGCUGACAUAUGACAUAAUUAUACUCACUCUUUUUUUUAAGUCACUCCUGGCUUUUGGUAAAACUAGUGAUAAUACUGAUAUAAUAAGCUAUUUUUAGACAAAAACCUGUAUUAGGUCAUCAUGCUUUAUUGUUGCUGUUGUUUUUUUCUCUUUAGAAAUCUCCUUGUUCUGCCUUACAAAGGACGAUUCUCGUUGGCAUUCAAUGUGUGAUAACCAGUUAACUACGCGAGGCCGUUCUAAUAAAGAUAAGCUCCUGGGAGCUGAGGAGUGCAAGAGUCCGUUUGGUGUUUAUGAUCUUAAGAUCCCUGUUGAUGAAAACCUGAGUUGUGAUGACAACAAGAUCACAAACACAAACUGCAAAGAUCUUGACGUGAGUAUCAAAGCCUGUUAUUCUGGGGAUUAAACGACUGCUCAUGCGCCACUUUAACAAACUGGAAACGAAACGCAUCCCGCAAUUGUUUCUGGGAUUGUUACUGGGCAUGCGCCGGUCAGCUAUUGGCUCAAUUUUUUCCUGGUCCCUAGUAACAAUCCCAGAAGUCUUUGCAAAAGUUAACUCGGCCCAGUUUCCUUCUCGUGUGUAUAUGGCGAAUACUGAAUCACGUGAACCACGGCGAUGUUAAUAACAAAAUGAUAUAAAUACAUAUUAAAUAAUGAAUGAAUAAAUAACUUUAUAGCGGCAAUCCAACCACUGGUGACUUAGGACAUUUUUAUUAAACUAACCCUGAACAACCUACGUGCAAUCAAACACCAUAAAUGCUGCAAUCUCUUUGAUAAGAAACUCGAAAAAUGGGUAGAUUUAGCAAAGACAAGGUGACGGCAAUGACGAUAGCACGCGCAAAUAAAAAAAAAUCGACUUGACCAAUGAGAGAGCUGCAAAUUGUUUACCGGAAGUCGCUUUUAGUCCUUUCCGCGCGCUUUCCCGUCCUCAACAGGCGUUCCCGUUCUGUUGCUAAAUCACUCUAAUGUGUUCUCUUAACAACUGUUUUUUCUUAAGCGCACCAAGUUCACGAGGCUCCACGUAUGGACGCAAUAUUUCUACUGGCCUGACCAGUAUCCCGAGGGACCAGAUGAUAGGACAUGUAAGAUUCCCUUGAGCAAGAGAAAUGUAACAUUGACUUUUGACGAUCAAAGUCUCUCAGCGUAUCCACAAGAAUAA